GUUUACCGAGCUUACCAGCUAGUUUAGCGUAUGAAUAUCUCAGGCCUCCUUUGUAGCUAAAGCAAAGCCAAGCGAACAAAAGGAGAAAAAUUAAUGGAGGCGAGUGAAGCUAGCUCCCCCUUGUCUUGUUUGCGUUAGCCAUGUUUGUUUACAGCCCCACGAAGCUGUUGACAGCUGGUUAAGGUGCGGUGUGACACACGCAGAGUAAUGAAGGGACACCUUACUUUAACAGAUAUAUACCAAACUAGCAUUUUAAACAUUUUUAUCAACCCCCUGCUAUCGUCAGCUAGCUGCUAGCAAUGCCACAGUUUGGAGGCAGCUUGUCUAAAAAUGGCUCUCAGGGCACUGAAACGUUGACUUUUUGAUGCACUUUUAACUUUCCAGACAGCAGCAGCAGCAGCAGCCUGUGGGAUCUGAAAAAUAAUGGACGAUUCCCAUUUCAACUCAUCGUACUUUUGGUCUCCCGUCCCCACUGUACAAGGACAGAUCGAGAACGCCAUGUUCCUGAACAAGGCGAAGGAGCAGCUGGGUCAAGAGAAGGCCAAUGCGGCCUCCUUCCCUCACUCCUCUGCGUCUUCCACCUCCUCCCCACACUACCCCAUGGCCGUGCUCGCCAUCCCCGGCUCAGUGGACGCAGGGGCGGGAGCGCGAGUGGUCCCCAAGCAGGAAGGAGGUGGGGGCGCUGCAGGAGGAGGAGGGGGUGGCAACAGUUUAGUCGGAGGACACCUGCACCAGUCGCACCCCUCGCAGAACAUCACCGUUGUGCCUGUUUCCUCCACGGGUAUCAUGACCGCAGCGGGGUUAGUGAUCACCACCCCUCAAGGCACGCUGCUGCCCACGUCCUCCACACAGUCGUUUGUAACCGGACACCCCGCUGCCACCACCAUGAUAGUGUCUGCGCUGCACCAGUCGAAUACGGACAAGAAGGAAAACAUGGGAAACCCUUCUGCUGUUGUCAUGCCGACGCCAUCAAAGCGAGGCAGGAAGAGCAAACAGCUGAUGGGAAGGUUGGCGGGAGUGGGAGGGGUCCUCCCUCCGGGAAGCGAUGCGUUGAUAUUGGCUCACCUCGCUGCUGGAGGACAGCAUCACUCUGUGGAUCCGUACGAUAUAUCCAAUGAUGAAGAUGAUCAUCCCAGCAAAGACGGACCCAAAUCCUACAGGUGUCGGAUGUGUGCAUUGACAUUCUUCAGCAAGUCCGACAUGCAGAUCCACGCCAAGUCGCACACUGAGGCCAAGCCCCACAAGUGCCCCCACUGCUCCAAGUCGUUUGCCAACUCCAGCUACCUGUCCCAGCACAUCCGCAUCCACAGCGGGGCCAAGCCCUACUCCUGCACCUACUGCCAGAAAACAUUCAGGCAGCUCAGUCACCUCCAGCAGCACACACGAAACCACACUGAGGCCAAGCCCCACAAGUGUCCCCACUGCUCCAAGUCGUUUUCCAACUCCAGCUACCUGUCCCAGCACAUCCGCAUCCACACCGGGGCCAAGCCCUACUCCUGCUCCUACUGCCAGAAAACAUUCAGGCAGCUCAGUCACCUCCAGCAGCACACACGGAUUCACACCGGUGACCGACCGUACAAGUGUAGCCAUCCCGGCUGUGAAAAAGCUUUCACUCAGCUGUCCAACCUGCAGUCUCACCGUCGGCAGCACAACAAAGACAAGCCGUACAAGUGCCACAACUGUAACCGUGGUUACACGGAUGCUGCCAGCCUGGAGGUGCACCUGUCCACGCACACCGUCAAACACGCCAAGCUGUUCUCCUGUGGCCUUUGUAACCGGUCGUACACCUCGGAGACAUAUUUAAUGAAACACAUGAGGAAGCACAACCCCGACCCGCUAACAGUGGCAGCAACAGUCGCUGCUCAGCAGGCGCAGGGCCUCACGCCAGGCAGGGGCCGAGGACGUGGUCGAGGGAGAGGAGGUGGCGGGGGCAGAGCGGGGCAGCUCCAAAACCAGACCAACCCUAACAACACCAACCAGAACCCUAACCCUGGACCCCCAGGAGGCUACCCCCAGCAGCACUCGGAAGCUGUGGUUCAGUGCCCGUUUGACCUUCACCAGUACAAGACGGUGGCUGCCGGCGAGAUCCAGUACAAACCAGUCAGUGUGGGAGACCUGCCAGUGACCCACAAAGACCUCUGCCUCACUGUCUCCACAUCAGCCAUACAGGUGGAGCACAUGAACUCAUAGACUGCGUUUUCCUACUCUGUUUGAGAGAUAACUAAUCGUGUCUGAAGUGUAAAAAAAAAAAAAAAAAAAAAGGUCCAUAUGAGCAAGUAAUUAAACUGCAUUCAGUAUUUUAGUCGUCUGAAGAAAGAAAGAAAAAAGUCUGAGAAAAUAUUCAAACCAUCCGCUUUAUUAAGUGGAAUCAGUUCAGACUCUCUUCCUUCUGACUCUAAGAUGAGCAAACAGAGGACCUUAAAACCCCAAUUAUAAAUCCCACAGACCUGAGCUUCCGCCAUGAUGAGCUCUGCGCCUCGGGUUGUGAAGUACAGACUCACAGCCCUCGACUGCUCCCCUCCGCUGAUCUCUUGUUCUCUGUAAUGGGAGCCUUUCAAUCAAACCAGCACUUCACCGGGUAUAUUGUUGAACAGUAUACCUCUGCUUUCUUUAAGUGCAGGUUUAUAACCUAGGUCCAGGUCGUUCUGUAUCCCAGCACACUUUGCACAGUGUAGCGGCGGCUUACGGUACACGAUGAUUGGGGUGAGUUUUCAAUCGGGUCAGGGCGUGUGCAGUGAGUCAUGGUGGAGGCUGCACUUGGAGUCAUGGCGGUGCAUGUCUCAGCAUUUUCUACUGGUUUGUUGGGGGUAACGGUACGUAGGACGCAGCUUACCUUUGAGGUGGAGAAAUGCGUCUUAUACACCCAAUUGUACGAUCAUUUUCAACGAUACAAGCAAAAGUCAAAUUCCCCCAAGGGUCCGUUUUUUUUCUUUUGUUUGAAGAUGUUUUAAUGCUGAAUGCAGCGCGAAAUUACUUGUCAUAACAGAUAUUUUACAACGUGCUUCUUGAUUCCUGAGCCCACUCGUGCCAAGUAUCUCUCAGACUAAAAACUGCUCCGGGUAGCGUAAGUCGUUCAAAUCUUCAGCAUGCAGCCAAAUUCAGUUUGAGCUUUUAUAUGAUUGUGAAUUAGAAUAUAUUCAUACCUGAACUUCUCCUAAGAAUCUUGAGUCUAACCAGCAGCUCUUCUCUGGGAAUCAAACGAGGCUCGCUCGUGUCUCUUUUGACUGCGUUGUUUGCAGUGGGCAUCACUGGAGGAUGAAGAUGUAAAAUAUCUGUAGAGUAAAAAAAAUGACACUUUUCUCUGCACAUCAAUGAUCCAGAGGACGGCGUUAUUUUCAACAUAUUUAGAUCAUAUUAACCUGAACAUUCUCCGCUAUUUAGUUCAAGCCAAAACAAGAGAGAGAAACACAACGAGGAGUCAGAGAUGAGAAACUGUGGCGUUUUUAAAAUGUCAGCGGAGAAGGACGGGCAGAUGUAUUGUUUCAAAACGGAGAAAUGACUCAAUAAAAAAAACGUUUAAAUGGCUUUUGAAUGACACCAUCGACGUGCCGAGGAGGAGAAAGGCCGAGUGUGUGCCUGAGUGAAGACAACAGGAGGGGAAGCUCAGCAGACAGAAAAGGAUGAGAUGCUUUUUAGGGUGAAACCUGGACCUGAAUCUCAACGAGUGCAUUUGACAUCUCCUUACUUACACCCACCUCCCUUCAGACAGCGAGGCGACGAGGAUCUUUAUCGGAGCCCAAAGUUUGGGAUGAAAGAGCUUCAAGAAUGCACUAAAUUUGAGGAAUCUGCAGCAGAACGAGAUGGAAACAGGAGAGAAAAGGGGGGCGGGAGGGGUCCUAAAGAAAGCACUUGAUGAAGCUCGUACUUCACGCCUGUUUGUCAUCAUUUUACUUUUUUUUAUAUAUCAUGUAUGUAUUUUUCUACCAACAGAGGAACACGUGAACAAACUCGGAGAGAAAGCAAAGUGAACGCAUGAAUGUGAAGGGAACAGAGAAAACAGAGAGUCCCCCCCCCCCCUUAUUUGUGUUAUUAUACAAAGAGAGACAGUUUACUAUCCUCCAAUGGGUACAGCCCGACUCAUCGUUUCAGGGCGGUUUUUGGGGGAAUAUUGAUUGUGUGAAAAAAUGGCUGACAGGUACUGUUAUCAAUCUUUUUUUUUUAAAGAACUUUUCAUACAUAUUAUUACUACUCUCAUUAUUACUGUAUUGCAAAUGUUAUCCACAUUAUUAUCAAUCCGAGGCAUUAUUGUAUUGCAGUAUGCUGUACAUAAAAUAGAUAGAAAAUACUUUUUCAUCCUUAAAAGGGAAGUUUGUCUCAUGUAAAGCUUAUAUGGAAACUAAAGGAACUCAAUCUGACAUGUUUAAAAUCACCGGCUGUGUCCCAGGUCACCUUUAGAGCUGACGGACCCUCGCUGAAGACCUUUUGAUUUCUUACUGGACAACGUGUUUCUCUCUUUAAGUGACAAGCUGUGCAUCAUUUCCUGAAACUUCAGAGUGCUCAGGAGUAUUUUUUUCUUUGUCCAGAUGAUCUACAUGUUUUGUAGGAGACAAAAAUGAGGACUGCAGAGGCUGCUCAGAGAGGCCUUCCCUGUACAAGUGGACACAGUGUUGUCCUUCUCAUAUUGCCAGUUCGAGGCGCAUUCUUUACACCCCGGUGAUGUCUCGUCUUUAGCGUGAACGUCCCAGAGGCGUAACAGCGGGACUGAGUCGACCCACUUGUGUGCCUGCCUCUGAGGUAGUAACAGAGGCGUUACAGGGGCGAGAAGGUAUCAUUGUCAAACGGGGGAGCGUGUGGGGGAAAUCGGCGACGUGUGUGCGUUUGCGUUUGGAGCCCUCUCUGUUUCUUGUUUUCACUGCAAUGUUAGAUAACAGCCUGAGACUCCAAUAUGAUGCUGCUGUGGAAACGACAGCUCUUUACCAUAACAAAGUUCUACCAUCAUUGGUGUCCCAGUGUGGGAAUUCACAUUGCGUUACGGCAUUGUGGAAAACCAAGCGGCACAGGGAACACAGCAGGAUCUUCACAUACACACGUACUCAGAUAUGCACAAACCCCCCCCCCCCCCCCCCCUUUACGCCUGUUACAACCUCCGAUGGCGGAUCAGAGGCGGAACGACUUUGCAUCACCUUUCUGCAUCUAUGCGUUAAACAUAGCACGGGACGCAUGGCAGGGGUCUAAGUUUCCCGCCUUCACCUAGCAGUCUGUAAGCGGCCCAUUGUGACGGUGUUGCUGAAUCACAAUCUGAAAAAAGGGCUCAUCGCUUCACUCAGAGAACCGUGGUUAUCAUGUAACAAGGUGAUACUCUAAUUAUGAAUCAACCGGAAAGGGUUCGACCUUAGUGACUGUAUGUUUAAUUAAAAGAGAAAAGCCUUUCAUGAAGAGGUCACAAGGUCAUCAGGAUACAAAACCUUCAAGAAUUCUUCGAAGAAUUCCACAAUUCAACGUUUAUACUGAUAUCACAAAGUCUGCUGCCAUACUUCUGUAUUUUCUUUAUUAAACACAGUCGCCUGCAAACUUUGGGAGAGGAUACUAUCAUUUAAAACAAUCAGUUUAAAAAACCAACACAGACCGUUUUGAUCUGAAGGUUUAUAUCAAUGAUUCAUGGUUUGAAAACCAGACUGUGACGUGGCUGACCUGGGUGACCUGGAACACGGCAGACAUGUUUUUGUACACAAGCUGUUUGUUCUCAUUCAAAAUGUUCAAGCAGCCCGUUCCACUGGCUGACAGUCUUCAUGUAUACUCCUUGUAUUUCAUUGUGUCUUUUUAUGGAAGAUAACACCUUCUCAAUACUCAUGUUAAUGUUAUUACUGAUGCUCCUGAUAGAAAUAAUACGUUCUUCAUCUGCCCUCUUAUGCUACACUCUCGCAUACUGUACGCACAGUUACACCUCUUGCUCAUCUGAACAGACUGUUUCUUCCCGUAAGGAGAAUAAAGUUUCAAAACAAACUAUGAUGAAAAUAAA